AUGCCUCUGAUUACUUCCGAACAAACUCGAUGGGGGAUGGAUGGAUUGAUUGUCAUUCUAUGUUCGGUAGCUAUAGGUGUAUCAGCUCCUUCGCUGGGUGAUAAUAAUGGAGUGUACAGUCCGCCGGGUGGCGUAGGAGGUCUGAUAGUGUCGUUAGGAUCAGCCGGAUUAGUGGGGACGACAGUCAUAUGCCUACUACGAUUAUUGACACGGUUGUUACCCAAGAUAUGGAAUCAUUAUUUGGAUAGGUUAGGAUUCACAUUCGUUGCUCUGAUGUGGAUAUGUUGGACAUCCGCAACAAUGUCAUUCACGCUGUACACUAUUGAUCAAUCAUUGUGUCAAUUCACACCUUUGCCAAAUGAUUUACCAACUUGUCCAAUCUUAACAUUCGAUCUAACGUUUUUACACAUUUUAUCAAUCGUGACUUUUGGUCAAGUCAUGAAUUAUCUUUCUAUUGCUAUAUCGACUGAUAAUACCAAAGCAUCGAAAAAGAACAACACAUCAGGAGAUACUGAAGAUGGCGAAGGGGAAAGAGAUGGAUUUAUCAUGUGGGAAUUAGCUAUCAAUUCAAAUCCACCUUCCCCUGUCAUGAUUCCCAUAUCGGAUUUACCUAAUACCCAACAACAACCCUCAUCAUCUUUGGGAGGAUACGGCUCCACCUCAAGCACAAAUGUGCCUACAUCGUCUGAACGACUACAUCAGCAAGAAAUUUCGUCAUCAGAGUCAAUAACAACACCAAUUACAACUUUGAACACUACCAUUAGAAUUAGAAAACCUGGAGACAAAUUUUCAUCAGGGAGAUUAUCAACUUACAUCCCAUUAAACCUAUGUUCAUUAGGUGUCGUAUGCACUUCUUUCGCUUCUAUAAGAGUAGGAGAAUUUACACUCAGCGGAAUAGCUGUAUUUGUAGCAGCUUUCUUUGGUAUUUUCUUAUCACUUGGAUGUCUUAUCACCCGUUUCGCACAUAAACGGGCUGAAGAAGAUGAAGAGGGAUUUAGGUCUACCAAGGACUAUGCCAGAUUGAGGAAAGAUAGAAUAUUGGAAGUUGGUUUGGCCGGAAUACUAUUUCUACUUUGGCCAGUAACUGCGAUCUUAUACACGUUAUUCCCCCCUACACCAUAUCAACCGUGUUCGAACCCAUCAGCAUCAGCAAUGCCGUCACCCGGAGAAGAUUAUAAUGUCGAUCCAUUCCCUUUGUGCCAAUUAGGGUGGACAGUGAUCACUUUAUCUUGGAUAUCAAGUUGGCUCCUGUUAACGAGAAUCAUGAGUUUGAUAUUCCCAAUUACCUCGAUGGGGGAUAUCAGUGUCAGAGCUUUCGACAAAUUAAAUCCGGCUAUACACGACGGACGAGAGGAAAGUACCUCUUUGCUCAAUCCUUCAACAAGAGGAGGUAUCGGGAACGGACAUCACGAUCAAGGAAAGAAGAAAGGUUGGGAAAGAGUCACUGCAGGUGAGGAGUUCGAACUUGGUUCAGAUGAAGAAUGA